AUGCUGUCUGAGCGGCACUCCAAUGCAAAGGCCGAUGUCAAUGGUAACUUCUAUCCGCCUGAUCCUGUCUCAGGAACCCCCCUUCUGUUCUACUCACAGACCCCGGCUCUUGUGCCAACAUAUGUCCUCGAUAGGCUCGCCCAGGUGCAUCACAGAGAGCAGAACAACACCAAUGUGAACAACGGGCAAGCCGAUAUCUCUCACUCAAUAAGAGCUCAGCAUCAGACUCGUUGGGACGACGAAGAGCAAUUCCAGCUGUUUGCCAACGACCCAUUUGUUCGCUCUGUUGGUGGUAAUUGGAGCAACUUCAUCAAAGCAGUGAAAAUGCCAGAGGUGUACCCUCCAGACAAGAUGGAUGAGGCCUCCACACUCACCGAUAGGCAAGACUUCUAUGAGCCAUGGGGAGGUGACGAGAGACUCAGAUUAGCAUUAUUAGGCGCUUCGUCCAAUGACUCGGUCACUGAUGUUGAGAAGUCGCCUGGGUUUUGGUCCAAGAUUUUCCACAAAAAGCCACAGAGUUCUGAAGACAGAGUUCGUCACAGGUCCCAGGCAGGUUACUGGAUGCUGGACGAGAAGCGAGCGGUUCUUUUGCCAACUUUGAAGAGAAUAUUCAUCAACAACCCUUUGGUUCCGCUACUUUUGCGUAUCCUCAUCCUCAUUUUCUGUCUUGCCGCUUUGGCGCUUGCCUGCACCAUCUACGUCAACUCAAGGAAGACAUAUGACAAUUUUGAAGUAGGACAACAGGCGGGAACCAUCAUGGCGAUCGUUGUCAAUUGCUUUGCAGCUGUAUACGUUGUCUACAUCGCAUACGACGAAUACUCAGGGAAGCCAAUGGGGUUGAGAAAUCCACUGGGCAAAAUGAAGCUUAUCAUGUUAGAUUUAUUUUUCAUCAUUUUUUCAUCUGCCAACCUUUCUUUGGCAUUCAAUUCACUUAGCGAUAAGGAAUGGGUUUGUCAUGACUCGAACUCAGAGGCUCUCAAAAAUAUGGGUAUAUUCUAUCCUCCUGUAUCGUCCUUGUGCCGCCGACAGAAGGCACUAACAUCAUUCUUACUCUUAGCGUUAUGUUUAUGGGUUCUUACCUUCACAAUCUCAAUCAUCCGUGUGGUCGACAGGGUGACUACCAGUGACUCACGAACGGAAUAG